GGCCGCAGCUUCAGCACCGCCCACCGGGCGGGGCGCUUCCGGCGGGGCCGUGCGCGCGGCGGGGAGGCGGUGGCAUCUCCGCGCCGGGGCCUGGGCCGGGGCCCGGGCUGCGGCCAUGGGCACGGCGGGCGGCGGUGCCGGUGCCCUGCGGCUGCCCGGGCUGCACGGCUACGCGGUGGAGUUCUCGCCCUACUGGCCGGGGCGCGUGGCCUGCGCCGCCUCACAGUACUACGGCAUCGCAGGUUGUGGAACUCUGGCAGUGCUGGAACAAAAUGAAGCUGGGAUUGUUCUGCUCAGAAGUUUUGACUGGAAUGAUGGCCUGUUUGAUGUGACCUGGAGUGAGAAUAAUGAACAUGUGUUGAUCACUUCCAGUGGAGAUGGAUCUCUGCAAAUCUGGGAUACAGCUAAAACCAAAGGUCCACUGCAAGUCUAUAAAGAGCACGCUCAGGAGGCAUAUAGUGUUGACUGGAGCCAAACUAGAGGCGAGCAACUAGUGGUGUCUGGUUCAUGGGAUCAAACAGCCAAGCUGUGGGAUCCAGCUGUGGGGAAGUCAUUAUGCACUUUUAAAGGCCACGAAGGGGUCAUUUACAGCACUAUAUGGUCUCCACACAUCCCAGGUUGCUUUGCAUCUGCCUCAGGUGACCAAACUUUACGAGUUUGGGAUGUGAAAGCCCCUGGAGUUAAACUUGUGAUACCGGCCCACCAGGCUGAGAUCUUGAGCUGUGACUGGUGCAAAUAUGAUGAGAACUUGCUGGUAACUGGUGCAGUUGACUGUAGCUUGAAAGGCUGGGACUUGCGGAAUGUCCGGCAACCAGUAUUUGUCUUGCUUGGUCAUACCUAUGCUAUCAGAAGAGUAAAAUUUUCACCGUUCCAUGCAACCUUAUUGGCCUCUUGCUCCUAUGAUUUUACUGUGAGAUUCUGGGACUUUUCCAAGCCCAACCCUUUGCUGGAAACAGUCGAGCAUCAUACUGAAUUUACAUGUGGACUGGAUUUAAGUCUUCACAACCGUGGCCAGGUGGUGGAUUGUGCUUGGGAUGAACUAGUCAAGAUCUAUACUCCGUCAUGUCUGGCAGUUCCUGUCUAGAGAAAAAGUGAAGAAGAUCUGACACACCAGGAAACUUUCUCUCUUCCCCCACACCCAGACUUGCUCUGAAGUGUCAAGUGUGUCACUAAUCUUAGUGUCUCUUUUUAAGUAAAACUCUCUUGAAUGGAGUGUUGUGCACUUUAACGAUGUGGAGAUAUUAGGGCUGGGUUUACUGGACAAGUAGUACUUGAGCCAGCAAAACAUUCAACAGCUACUGAAUGGCCAAAGAGUGGCUGUAGCAGAUAUGAGCUGGUGUCUUUAGAGUAAAAUUGCCAACGCAGUUUUGUGAUCUGUCUGGCAAAUAUGAGAGCAGAGGCCUGAAUCUUCUUGGUCCUUAUAAAGAAUAAAAGUAACUGGUUGUGUAUUUGGAGAUAAUGUCACUGUAGAAAAGAAACGAGUGGCUUUUCGCUGUAAAGUGCUAUAAUGUCAACUGAGGUUUGUAUCACUUGGAUGCAUUAAUAUUUAUAUGUUUUGCUGUGACUCAUGUUGCAUUAAUUUCCUGUGCAAUAUGAUGAAUACUCUUGAUAGACAGUAAAUGUCAUAGUUUAUUGCCAGCUGAUUUGUUUGACCUUUUUAAUUGCCACUUCACAAAUAUGAUAAAGAUUAUUUUCAUGCAUUUUUUCUGUUGUAUCUCCUUGAGUAAAACAGUCGAUGAAGUCAUGCAGAAAGAUACUCUGAUGAUAGAGAAGACCCUUAGGAAAAAAUGAAACAUAUACAACACUAAUUGGAUCACAAUCUUCAAGAUUUAGAGAUAGAACAACCAUCUCUUCUAUUAGACUUGUCUUCUGUUUUCACUUAGAAAAUUUUUCGAAGAGAUAGAAGAGGAACGUUGCUGUGUAUUCAGUGUUUCUGGACCUCUGACAGCCUGGCCAAAGUGAGAGCUGAUGUCCAGACCAGUUGAACAUGCAGGUUAGCUGCGUGACAUAAACAUAGCAGAUCCAGUAUGGCCAAGCUAUUAUACUUAAAAGAAUAUGCCCAGCAUGCCUGUGACUCUUUGCAGGUCAGGUCUUUGCAGAUCCUUGGACAAGUUUUCAUUGUCUCCUGUUAAUGAAUGCCAUACACUUCUGGGUUGCACCACUCAUAUAUCAAGCAAUAGCAGACAUUGCCAGAUCUGCUGGAUGCUUUGAAGAAAUGAAAGAGAGAAUUCAGCAGAGCUAAGAUCUGCAGAUUGCAAGGGAAGAAUGAUUGUGCUGUCUUUGAGAAAGAGCCAGGGAACUAGUGGGUAGCCACAGGGAGAUACACAUAUAUCAGUUUGGUCGUAGGGCAAGAUAGAAAGAAACCCGCUUCUACAACAUGAGAAUUUGGAUCCUGAUAGGAUCGUAUAGUUUUCUGGGUCGGUGCAAAGUGACCCCAGAAUGCCAUCUUCUUGAGCUGAAUUGAUAACCAAAAGUAGAUUUUCUGCAUACAGCUUUCAGCAAUACUAUAAGCCAUAACAUCUAAUUUUAGGCGUUAAAAUUGAUUAUUUCAACUUGAAUAGUUACUCCACUCUUCUGCUUUAUCUCCCUUUUCUGCUUAGACUACAAGUUACUUGUCUGAGGGAGUGGAACAUUUUGGUGGUGGGUAUGUACUUUAUGUAUGUAUUUCUGGGGGGAAGGAAAUGGUAUAUUCCAAAAUGCUGCCAUAGCCUAUCAGUUGGAAGGGCACAUUUAGAAAACCUCACAUGGGGGAAAAAAAGGAAUUAUGAACACAUACACUCAACACAUGAAUUAAACCUUUUCUUAACUGCCUGUUCUCCCCGUAUGUCCUGGUUAGCUUCAGUGCUGAGGGUUGCUGUGUCUGGCUUUAAUUCUCUUGAAAAAUGAGCACAUCUAGAAGAUGUACAUAGUAAAUAAAAACUCUGGCCUUUAAUCUUCCUUUGUGAUUUUUGAAUGGAGAGAAUGUGCUGUAACAUUUCUGCAUUGUAACAGAAAAAACAAUCCGGCAAUAGUUGUUGCUGAUUCUUAAUUCUCAGGGAAUGUUUGCUGUAAUUGUUUUAAAGAACUGCUUUUAUGACCACAAUACUAACUUGUGAUCUUUUUUUUUUCUGUUUGUUUAUUGAGACAGACUUUUAACAACAACAGUCUUAAAAAUGUAAUGUGUUCUGCUUUUAAACUUGCUCCUGUGGAAGAUUUAGUUUUAUGGGAGCCCAUAGGUUUCUCCUUGGUUCAAGAAACAUAUUGAUUAAUCAUGAUCUAAAGGAGUGGAUUUGCUGUUCUACAAUGCUAUUAAAUUAAUUGCACACAGUG